AUGACUGCACUGCAUCUUCGUCUUAUUGUAUCGUUUGAACUUAGAAGGAUCGGAAAAAGAAGGCGUCCGCCAUACAGGCGUGUGCUCGAUGCUCAGAAUAUUUCUUGCGAUUUUCGCAAAAAGUUUCAUCAUCAUUGUGCUGAGGUCGACGACAAAUUAGCUAAAGUUAAGCGUGAUUGUGCGGUAAUCAAAUGGUUCUGCAGCGAUUGUCUUCCAAUGAUAAAUGGCAAGCUGAAAAUGGCAGAUUUUGGGGAAGCAGUAUUUAAUCGAAAACCUGAAAAGUCUGAAGUUAGAUUGGUGUCUGGUUCACGGGCGUCAAGGAGCAGUGCUAGUAUGCCCGAAAGUGAUUUAGCUGUAUUGGAAAAAGAAAUUGAGUGCCUGGUAAGAGAAAAAAAUUUGAUCGAUAGAAUCGCAAACGAGAGAGGUUAUAUUGUGGAAAUUCAGAAAAAACUCAUAAGUGACCUUGAAGAUAAAUUUCGAAGUCAGCCAGUGGGCAACAGCAGCAAAAACAAAGAUUGUGUUUCGUACAGUGCUAUCGUGAAAAAAGUGGACCAUUCAUAUUUGUUGAUUAAGCCUGCAGAUCGUUCUACUUCGUACAAAACUGUCGAAAAUGAUUUUAAAUUUCGUUAUUCGCCUGGUGCUCUUAAUGUCAAUAUCAACAAGACUAAACUCACCAAAAAUGGUCUGAUGAUCAGCUGUAAUAGUAAAAAAGAUGUGGAGACUCUAAAAGAUUCUCUAAAAUCUGAUUUAGGAAGUAAGUUCGAUGUUUGUGAGCCUACCAAAAUGUUUCCUAGAAUGUUGAUACAGGGUGUACCUAACGACUGUUUCAAAAAUCCUGGUCCAGAUAAACUUGAAUUUGUUGAUAGUUUUGUUGACGACUUAAUAUUCAAUAACAAUUUAGGUGUUAAUUCAGAUGGUAUAAAAAUAAUUAGUUACUAUAAGGUUAAAAAUACAAAAGAUGUUGUUAUCGAGGUGAUUCCUUCUGUGUUCAAUUUACUUAGUAGUAAAGGGUUUGUUUUUAUUGGCUGGGUGAGGUGUACUGUGAGGGAAAAUUUAUAUUUGCUACGUUGUUACAAAUGUUGUAAAUUUGGUCAUGGUAAGAAAGAUUGCCGAAGCAAGAAUGUUGUCUGUUCUAAGUGCUCAGGUUUUCAUGAAUUUAGAGAUUGUAAAACUGAUGAUUGUUGUUGUCCUAACUGUAAGUUUCAUAAUGAUAGAUAUAAAACUAACUGGUGUUCAAAGCAUGCUGCAAGUGAUACCUCUUGCAGUUAUUACAAAAUGAAGAUCGAUAAUUUGAAAAUGCAGAUUGCUUAUGAAUAA